CAACAGUAACACCGCAAUCAUGGUACAGUCUCUCCAAUUUCUACUUGCGGCCGCCCCACUUGUUAACAACUUCUCUGCGCAGGCGACAUCAGAAACAUCAAUUUCCCGAUCAGAGAUCGUCAAUAACUACACCAACCUCGACCAAAAGGGCAUCGUCAUCGCAGAAUACGUCUGGAUCGAUGCCGAGGGCAACAACCGCUCCAAGACUCGCACCCUCGAGCCUCGUGACGAUGGCAAGCAGUGGGACGUCGACACAUUACCCAUCUGGAACUUCGACGGGAGUUCCACCGCCCAGGCUCCUGGCGAGAACUCCGAUGUCUACCUCCGGCCCUGUGCCGUCUACCCCGACCCCUUCAGGAAGGGAAACAACAUCCUUGUCCUGACAGAAUGCUGGAACCAUGACGGGACCCCUAACAAGUACAACUUCCGCCAUGAGUGCGCCAAGCUCAUGCAGGCACAUGCCGAGACAGUACCUUGGUUUGGCCUGGAGCAGGAGUACACUCUGCUCGACCUGAACGACAAGCCGUACGGCUGGCCCCAAAACGGUUUCCCCGCUCCCCAGGGCCCAUAUUACUGCGGCGUCGGUGCCGGCCGGGUCGUGCAGCGCGAUAUCGUUGAGAGCCAUCUCCGUGCCUGCAUCUACGCCGGCGUCAAGAUCUCGGGCACCAAUGCCGAGGUCAGCAAGUCACAAUGGGAGUUCCAGGUCGGCCCUUGCGUCGGCAUCAGCAUGGGUGACGAUCUCUGGAUUGCCCGCUACAUUCUUGCCCGCGUCGCUGAGGACUUCGGCGUCAAGGUUUCGCUGCACCCCAAGUUGAUUCCUGGCGACUGGAACGGUGCCGGCAUGCACAGCAACUUCUCGACCAAGGAGAUGCGCGAAGAUGGUGGCAUGAAGGCCAUCGAGGCUGCCAUCAAGAAGCUGGAGGCCCGCCAUCUGGAGCACAUUGCCGUCUACGGCGAGGACAACGAGAAGCGGCUCACUGGCCGUCACGAGACCGGUGCCAUUGACUCGUUUACCUAUGGCGUUGCCAACCGUGGCGCAUCCAUCCGCAUUCCUCGGGAAGUCGCUGCCAAGGGCUGCGGUUACUUCGAGGACCGCAGGCCCGCGAGUAACGCCGACCCCUACCGUGUCACCGGUAUCCUCAUGGAGACGAUUUAUGGAGCCGUCUAAGGAUCGGUUGGUGUUAGUUUGGAUUCGUCGCUUUGAGAGCAUCUUAGUGGCGUAGCCCCGGGGGGCCACGCUGAGUUUUAUGGAGGACACUCCGACGGUUUUUACACAUUGGUUACAUCUUGGGGCCCUAUUCCUUGUUUAGAUCUGCCCACGAGGCUAGUCAAAAGGGAUUAGGAUAUUUAGAGGCAUGCUGCCUGCCUGCCUGCCUUGCCAGCUUUAUAUGAAGGCUAAUGCACGGCUCGGAACGGCGCGAGCAUUUGGGUUAUGACGCUGCGUGUUAACAUAGAGCAUUAUCGUAGGGCGCCAAGGGGCUUUGGGAAAGGGUACACCGUACAGGGUAUAAUAUCAAUAGACGGGAUGAAGCGGCAAGGCUAUCAUCCAUCGCCUUUCGGCAUUCAUCAAC